AUGACGAUCUAUGACAUCAUGGACGUGCACGAGAUCGUCAUGAAGUGGAUGCUGGAAAAAGCAUGGCGGCUACUUGCGGCAGCGGCAGAGACAGCAGCUACGGCUACACUCUCGCUGGUGAUGGCCCAGCUUGUUGCACUCUCGUUACUGCUCGCGAGUUAUAGCUGCAAAAGACAUCCGUUUGGCAAGGCCCGCCCGGUAUGGAUGCGCAUCAUUCUCUUUGCGGCAGUGAUCAGUGGGACACAAGCUGGUUUUGGAGAUGGUGCUCAGUCUAAGUGCAGCAAAACUGGCAUCCCGCUCCCUACUGACUUGGAGUUGUGGAUGAACGGGCAAGCGACGAUGAGGGAGCAGCUCGCAGAUGCCUUUGAAAGGCAUGUGGCGUCCAUGCCGCUGGGGCACAACAGUGAAGUGGCGCCGCCACCGGAUUUUACUGUGCCCAUACCAGACCCCCCUCCUCCGCCUCCACAACAGCUGCAGCCGCACGAGCACUGGAUCAACAGAGAGGAACCAGCUACAACUCAUAUCUCUUUCUGGAUCUGUGCGCCCUACUACGAGUCCAUGUCGUUGGAUGUGGCGAUGAGCUUCCCCCUCACCAUCAACCGCGUCUUUGAGGCCAUCCAGAACUCAGCGAUCGAUAUGCCAACUGACAUCUUGGACCACCCGGUUGCCAUAACGCCUCAACCUGAUGAAGCCUAUGGAUCAGUGUUGAUGAUCCCUGCUUGGAUCAGGAUGUCUGACAAGACAGCAGUGGUACUUGAUGGGAGGCAUGUGGGAGCGGGUAUCUUCGCGGCCUACUUCGAGGGACCCCUAACAAAAAGAGCCCUGCUCCAGAAGAUCGGUAUGGGGAUGGAUGAAGGUAUCUCCGUAUUUCUAUUUGGCUCGCUGCAGCCAAUGACUGACGACCAGCGGGAGCCACCAAGUCAGGGUGGACUCAUCCUCUUCCACCGGCGCGGAGAAGUACCAGAGUGGGCUACGGAGCUCGACACCAGGCUCGCGGACACCACCAGAUGGAGGCCUGAAGUCGACCACCCGCAGCACCUCCCAGGACGCCACAUUGAAUUUCAAGGAGAAGAACAAACAUUUCUUCACCAACUUGAUAGAACUGUGGCGCCUGACCCGCAACGAAUGGCGGAUCAUGCCUUUGGGGCCGCCCAAGGUGAAGUCUGGAUCAGAGCCCCCACACAAAGACCCAUGCGGAUGUAUGCCAGGGGAAAAAGAGUCCACUCCAUCAUUGCGGUGCUGGGUGCGAGCCGCUACCCCAGGGACCGCACAAAGGUGGUCUUCCUUGACACCAGACCCAUUGGGCUUUGGCCGCAGUGGGUGGCGGUACCGGGAGACUUCCUGGACCCGGGGGCAUACGCAGAAGGCCUCCAAAUCCCCUACAUUGAGGGCUACUCCUUGAUCAUCAAAGGAGGGCGGCGACAUCGGGACGGAGUCAGGAUUCGGGUCCUUGAUGGGGAGGUCAUUGAGUUCCUCCUGAAAAGAUCCGAUGAGGUCACGCCUACCUCGUCCAGUUUCGACCCAGACUCGGGCGAUGAUGAAGAGGACCGCAACGGAGAUGAGGGUGAUGACAACGACCACCCCAUGCCCAAUUCCAGUGACUUCUCGGACCCAUCGCCGCCCGAAGGGGACGGUCCUUACGGACCGCCGCCACCACAGCCGGUGAACAGGAGCCGUUCGCCAAGGAGACGUUCAGGCGAGCCCCAAGGGCCACAUAUGGACGGCAACGAGAGGGGCACUACUGCGGUCCGGCUUGCUGACUAUGUCCAUCCCCCGCAGUUUGACAUCUCGAAGGAGAAUAUCUUGUUCCCGGGGGUGCAAGAGAAUAUCAGGACCCUGAUGCGUCCAUGGUCACCUGAGUGGCUGAAACCUGACCUCAGCCAGUGCGACAUGAAGCAGACCACCAAGGAAAGACUGAGGGAGACGGCCCAUUGGGCCGAUAUCUUGGGAGCCCAGGACCCCUUCUCUUUGCACAUCUAUACAGAUGGCUCUUGGCUGGCGCCAAGGAAGCUUGGUGGCUACGGAGUGGUGCUCCUCUUGAUGACCACCACGGCCACAGCCCUGUUUGGCGUACUGGGAGAGCAAACACAGGGGAAUAGUCAAUCCCCUUGGGACUUUGAAGGCCCCCCGGCGCUCAAGAAUGAACAGUUGGCGAUCGGAGCGGCCCUACUGUGGCUGGUUCAGGCGAGGACCUACUUUGGGCCGGCUACGGUGUCCUUGCACUACGACUGCCUUGCGGCAGGACUACCGGCAAAGGGAGAAUGGCCUAGCACGACGGACUUCUCCAAACGGCUGCGAGACCUACAAAGAUGGGCCGACAGCAUACUGCCCUCCCCGAUCUGCUAUCAGCACGUCAAAGCGCAUGUCGGUGAGCCUUUCAAUGAAAUGGCAGACUCGAUAGCCAAAGCAGCGGCGGUCGGAGCCACCUACGCUGCCCCCCCUCACCAUGUGGCGCGGAAACUACUGGAGGAAGAUUUCUCAUGGGUUGCCAUCAUGAACUCAUUGUCAGGUGCGGCAGCCUACCCAUGGGCCGAAGGACCCUCCCUGAGCUGGCGUCAAGAAGAGCAUGAUUGGGCCACUACUCUGUCUCCACAACAGCUUAUCCCCACCACAUGCACCAACUAUGGCAAGAAUGAGGAAGCUGUGGUUGAUUUCGAGACGGUUGUGGUGACAUGGAACGUGCAGGGCAUCGGAGGCCAGCACAGAUAUAUUGAGGAGCAGCUCCAACAUCUUCAAUGUGGCAUCGCCCUGCUCCAGGAGACCAAGCACCCCUCCAGCUUGUGCUCCUCCUCCAGAUUCCUCCGAUUGUCCACCCAGGCGGACAAGCAUUGGGGAGUUGCUAUCUGGCUGAGCAACACGUGCGGAGCCCUGCGGAUAGCUGGCAAGCCGAUCACGAUUAAGGAGGCUGACCUCUAUGUCUGCUACGAAUCCCCGAGGCUGCUCAUUCUCUCUAUUGCAGUUGGGAAUGCGAAGGUCAUUGUUUUCUCGGCCCAUUGCCCUCACAGCGGCAACAGGGAGGAAGCACGGCAGUUUCUCCUCCAUCUUCAGGAGGAAUUGCGCCCCGACAAGAAGCAAGCUCUUAUCAUCGGGGGGAUCGACCUCAACGGCCGGAUCGAGAUCAAUGUCCCAGGCGUAACGGGUGACCUACAACAUGGGGAGCCGGAUGCCACGGGAAUCGAGGCUGCUGCCCUUUGCCGAGACCUAGGUCUUUGGGUGCCCACCACCUACAGUCGGUACCAUCGUGGACAGCUAGCGACCUACCGUCACCCCCAAGCCACGGAGCACAGGAUUGACUACGUCCUGCAGGGUGGCGCAGCGGAGAUUCAAGAGGCAAGCACCACUGUGCGACAAGAUCUUGAUGCCGGUGGUGCUGGUGAUGAUCACUGGCCUGUGUCUGCACGAUUCAGAGGCCGACUCCAACCAAUCAAGAAUACAAGGCGUCUGUGGAGGCCCAAGUUUGAUGUGGCAAAGAUGCUGACUGUGCCAGGCCGGGAGAUCAUAGCGCAGGCCAUGAACACCUACAGCCCGCCGCCGUGGACGACCCACCCGGAUCAACACUGCCAGCACCUCAAUGACUUCAUCCACAGCAUCCUCGACAGACAUUUUGUCAAAGAAGCCGAAGGCCCGAGGGCCUCCUACAUAACGGAGGAAAUGUGGGACCUACGGCAAAAGAAGAUGAACUUCAAGAAGCGGGUACGCCACAGGGCCACCCUGUGGCAAGACCUGCUCCACAGGGCAUUGCUGCAAUGGAGGGAGCGCAGCGACUAUGGCAUUGAAGCCCUGCUGGCCAAACAGGGCAUCCUCUACCAGCUGGCCUCGGCUUCCAUACAGCUGGCUACCAGGACGCUCAAGAAAAACAUCCGGCAGGCCAAGGAGAAUUUCUUGAGAGCGACAGCAGCCGAAGGCGGAGGCACUGCUGCAGACAUACUUGGCCGGAUAAAGCGGGCUGGGAUUGGAGGCAGCAAGUCAAGACAGCCCUUCAAGCCCCUUCCGCUACUCUACGCCGAGGCGGAACAACCAGUGCGGUCAUGUGAGGAUCGAGACUCCCUUUGGCUGCACUACUUCGGAGAGCAGGAAAUGGGCACCAUCCUGGACACGGUGGAUUUCCUACGAGAGCCCUACAAGCCGAUUCUGGUUGACGAGACAGUCGACUGGAAUCUCCAGAUCCUGCCCAGCCUCGGUGAAAUAGAGCAGACCCUGAGGGGUCUUUCCACACGGAAGGCCUCGGGCCUCGACGCCAUCCCUGCGGAGUUCCUCAAGGCGGCCCCAGGGCCGACUGCUGCGGCGGUACAUAGCCUUUUCUUCAAGGCUAUGGCUACUUUCCAGCAACCCCUCCAUUGGAGGGGGGGAAUCCUCUACGAGUGCUGGAAAAGAUCAGGCAAACAAUCGGACCCGGCCAUGUACCGAUCGCUGUUUGUCAGCUCCAUGAUGGGCAAGACCUACCACAAGCUGCUUCGACAGAAGGUCCAGGCUGAGGUCAACAACAGCCUGCACAGCUUCCAUUUGGGGGCCCGCAAAGGCACCCCGGUCUGCAUGCCCUCCCUGUACAUCCUGACACACAUCAGGAAGACGGCGGCCCGGGGACUCUCUUCCUCGGUCCUGUUCCUCGAUACACACGCCGCCUACUACAGGAUCAUCAGACAGCUCGCGCUUGGACAUCUACAUUCCGACACGGAAGUCCUGACCGUCUUCCGACGUUUUGGCCUGGAACCCAGCGACGUGCACGAUCUGAUGGAGCAGAUCCAGAUGGGGGGCAUGCUCAAAGACGCCAGGAUCCCAUCUGCGGUGCGACAUGCGGCCAAGGAUCUGCACCACAGAGCCUGGUUUGUCUCCGCCCAUAGUUCCGGAUCCCAACUCUGCUGUACGACAGCAGGCAGUCGGCCAGGAGAAGCAUGGGCGGACAUUGUGUAUGCUUUCGUUUACUCCCGAGUCUUGUACCGCAUUGAGGAGUACGCGAGGGGCGAGGGAUUGUUGGACACGAUACAUGUCGAUGCCUCAGAGGGCCCCUUUGCGGAAGCUGGCAGUGGCGUUCCUUCCGAGGGAGGCGAUGCCACAUGGGCCGACGACUCUGCAUGGCCAAUCUCUGGGGAAACCCCAUCGAGUCUCCUCCGCAAGAUGUCCCGCCUCUGCUCGCUUGUUCUCAGCAGCUGCUACCAGCACGGCAUGCAACCGAACCUUCGACCCAACAAGACGUCCGUCAUUUUUGCCCUAAGGGGCAAGGGCCGAGUUGCGGCGAGACAGAAGUUUUUCGGACAGGGCAAGCCGGUGCUGAAGCUCCACGACCUCGAGAAGGAGAUCCCAGUCGCGCUGCAGUACAAGCACUUGGGGGGCCUGGUUGACUGCCGCAACCUCAUGGCCCCCGAGGCAAAAAGAAGAUUGGCAAUGGCGGCGGCAGCCUUUGACCAGGCCAAGGACAUGCUGUACCUCAACAACAAGAUCUCCCUGCAGGUCCGCGCGGCGCUCUUCGCUGCAACAGUUGGGGCUACCUUUCACAAUCUUGCCCAAUGGAUACCCCACGGGCAAGACUGGGCUAUCCUCUAUGGCGGGUACUCUAGACCUCUUCGCCGACUUCUUACUCGGGACUUUCCGGGCGAAGCUCUACUACAUGUUCCCCCAGCUCUGGUACACCUCCUCACAGGUUCGUGGCCGUUGGAGCUUGUGGCCAAGCGGGCGAGGCUAAGCCUUCUUGGCUCAUUGGCGCGAGCAGCGCCGGAACUUCUAUGGGGUGCGCUCCAGGAAGAACAGUCCUGGCUACGAGUUGUCAGGGCGGACCUACAAUGGCUGGUCCAAAAGGAUGAGGACGAAUGGCCGGCGCUCCGGCCGGCCUCAUGGCCGGAAUGGCGCAACAUCUUCUUGCGCGCGGCGAGUUGGGUAAAACGGAGAACGAGCAAAAAGCUCAAGGCGGAGUUCAUCGACCUCUGCGAGCACUACAAGGUGUCUUUGACCAUCUGGGCGGUCUACAAGAGGAUCGAGAACCACAUCCCGGGACACAGCGAGGUUCCCACGAGGUGGAUCUGCCGUCCAUGCCAGCGCUCGUUCAGAACAAAAGGAGGCCUCGGUGCUCACUUCUUUAAAACCCACAAACGAUGUGCGGGCUACAGGGCUGUCGUCGAGGGGACCACCUGUCAGGCUUGUGGAAAAGCCUACUGGUCAACCAAUCGUCUACUACGGCACCUACGCGACUCCCCGAAGUGUGUUGCCACCCUUCGUAGCCAUGGACUUCUUGCCCGGAACCAUGUCCCGGGCUUCGGGAGCAAACUCUGGAAGAAGAUGGAGAUCGAGGGCUACAACCCGAGUGUGCCCCAGGAGGUUUCCACCCCCUUACAGCCAAGAGAGAGCUCUGAUUGGGACCCUGUCCAAAAGGCGGCGCACGCGGAGCUCUGCAAUGUCCUACUCGACAGGCAGUUGCCUGUGGAUGCAGAUGGAAUCCUGGGCCUGAUCAGAGCGACCGUCAGCAAGUUCCCCCUCUACCAGGACGAGAUCAACGACAUCGUGGACUUUGUCUGGACAGAGGCUCAGGAGAUCGGACAAGAACUAAUGGCCGAGUUCUGGUCGGUCGAACUUGCAGAUGCAAUGGCUGAGGCAUUCAGAGUUUUUCUCUCAUGCGAAUGGCCUGUUGAUGAACAGCCCAAACCGGACCCCCAAGUUGGCAUGACCCAUUGGGACAUUGCCGCCCACAUGAAUGAAGAUAAGUGGGCUUCGAUCUGGUCGGCGGCUACAGGUGUUCACGGGACCCCUUCGAGCUGCACUUUUGAGCUGAGCCCCUGCUGGGAAACCGAGUGGCGGGGCCUGAGCGGUGUAGCUACUGUCUCGGUCGUGAACAGUCACCUGUGGAGCUGGCUGCCAGAAGUUUUGCGCCAAGUCGUACAGGCGGCCCUGGAGGGGCAUAGCCCACGCUUGAAGGCCUUCGGUUUCUUCGGGGGGCUGGGCAUUCCGGCCGCUUUCAUCGCGCUGGCCGAG